AGCACUGAGCAGGUAGGGCAAGAUUCCAAAUUUGGCUGUGGCCCCUGGCUGCCCAUCUGAGGCGCAAUUAGCCUGGGACUAGCCGAGAUCUGCACGCACUGAUCUUCCCUGCUGGGCAAGACGACGGAGGCACUGACACCCGUUACACAAGGAACACAACCGCCUGGGGAUGUGCUAUGACGCCCUUGUUGCGACGAUCAUCAGAUCUCUAUGGCUCUGUCCUUGCUGUAUAUGGCCUCCAGAAAUAGCGCCAAUGCUUUUGAAGUAGACCCUACUGCUGGACAGCCCAGCCUAUAAGAAGGGCAGCUUCCCAUCCUCUACACAGCAUUGAACAAGUCUUCUCUUCCGACUUCUACUUCUACUACUUCCUUUCAUCAACAUGCACUUCUCAGCUGUCAUUGCCUCAAGCAUUCUCGCCUUUGCUUCUGCGGCACCUGUUGCGCAAAACGAUGCGCCAGCGGCAAGCUCUGCCCCUGCUGCUGUCAACACCUACAACCUCAUUUCUACUCGUUCCGGCGACAUCAAUGUACACUUGAGGCCCUUGUACGCAAAGGGCAGUGCUAUCCGCAUCGGUGGCACAGCACCUACUUCGCAGACCCCCAAUGUUCCUCAGCUUGCCGGCUUCCCUAGUACAAGCACAACUUCUUUCAUUGUCGCCAAUGACCGCGCUUCUCUUGCGGUUUCCGUUCCUGGCGGUCAACAGGUCUAUGUGAACUCUGAUGGCCGUCUAUCCUACACGGUCCCUCAUUCAGGCAACACUGGCACUGGCUCUACAGUCACAGGCUUCUCAGUGAGCCCGAUGGCAACGGGCCCCAAUGUCGACUUGCUCUUCAACGGUCAAGAAAGCUUCUUGGCAUGUCCGGUUGCAGAUGCAGCGGGGGAAUAUGAGAUCUUCGCUGCUGAAAAGACGACCAGGACAGACUGCACUGGUAUCAGCAUCUUGGGCAGUGCCAACCCCAAUCCGCCAUCGGCCUGGCAAUGGUAGAUA